UGUCAUAAAUUCUAUGAAUGUAACUAUAUAUAAGUACAUAAUCAUAAACCUUUAAUAUAUACGUAGUAUAAUUCAACUCACUUAUUUAUAGAAGAACAAAAUAACAACUUGAUUCUGGCCUUACUCACCUAUCUCUACCGCCAAAAGAAAAUAAAGCAUAUCACAAGAUCUUAAGAAAAUAAAAUGUCUCCUCUUGUUACUCUUAUCUUUUUGGCUAAUUGUUUCUUAGCAAUGGCUUCAUCUACCAAACAAGAGCUAGAGAUGGUUCAAAUGGCUCAAACCAUGGUUCUUCAAGCCAAGAAUUGGGCUCAAUCAUCAUCACUUGAGGAUUCUUCUUUGUUUGGUGGUGGUCAUCAAGGUGGCCUAAGCCAUACCGAUAAUGCCAUGGGUGAUUCUUCUUUGUUCUUAGACCGUCAUCAUCGUCGUGGAGGCAGUCAUCAUGGUGGUGGCCGUCAUGGUAGCUUAAGCUAUAACAAUAGCAAGGAUGAGUCGACUUUACUCUUUGUUCAUGGUCAUCGUCAUGGCGGUUUAAGUAAUAAUAACAUCAACUAUAACUAUAUCAAUAGCGUCUAUUCUGUAAAUAAUAAUAAACAUUCUAAAAAUUAUUAUAAAAUGAAAAUGGCUAUGAUCGAUUGUGCUAAGCUAUAUGAUCAAGCCGAGCCAGGGCUCGAUCGUUUAGUUGAAAGAGAUGGGAAAUAUAGCCAUGAUGACGCAUUAGCAUGGCUGAGUGGUGCAAUCACAAGCCAUAGGACUUGUUUGGAUGGACUAAAAGAGAAAGGUGUACGUCAAGAACUUCAUCCUAUAUCGCAAAAUUUGACUACGUUAUUACAUGAAGCAUUGGCUUUUCAUGCAAAGAAACAAAGGUUUCAGAGAAGAUCAAAAGGGGCACAAGGGAGGCCAAAAGGAAAACCAUUCGUGGGAAGAUUAAUGUCCUGGAAGCCGGCAACUUCGAGGGCAGAUAUAGUGGUGGCGAGAGACGGGUCAGGUAAUCACCAAACUAUCAACAAAGCAGUGGAUGCAUUAGACAAGAUAAAAAACAGAGGAGAAAGCAGAGUAAUAGUGUAUGUAAAAGCAGGAGUAUAUGAUGAGAUAGUUGAAAUUCCAAGGCACCUAAUUAAUGUCAUGUUUGUUGGAGAUGGCAUUGGUAAAACUGUGGUCACUGGUCGAAAAAAUGUCGUUGAUGGCGGCACCACUGUCAAUUCCGCUACAUUCCGGGUAUUCGGCGAUGGAUUUUGGGCAAAGGACAUGACAUUUGAGAACACGGCAGGUCCCCAAAAACAUCAAGCAGUGGCAUUGAUGGUAGCUUCAGAUCACUCCCUCUUCUAUCGAUGCAGCUUUCUAGGAUACCAAGACACACUCUAUGUUCACUCUCUUAGGCAAUUUUACCGCGACUGCCAUAUAUAUGGUACAAUAGACUUUAUAUUUGGUAACGCGGCUGUUGUGUUACAAAAUUGUGACAUCUUUGUUAGAAAGCCUAUGAAGCACCAGAAUAAUAUGAUCACAGCCCAAGGGAGGGAGGAUCCGAAUGAGAACACAGGGAUCUCAAUCCAUGGGUCACGAAUACAACCUGCACCGGAGUUUGUAGACCUAAAGCGAUCUCUCAAGACCUUCCUAGGGAGACCUUGGAAGAAGCAUUCAAGAACAAUUGUUUCUACAACAUAUAUUGAUGGGUUUAUCCAUCCAAGGGGUUGGAUAAACUGGGAAGGGAAUUUCGCCCUCUCAACAUUGUAUUACGCCGAAUACAUGAACACAGGGCCAGGGGCAACAACUCUAGGUCGGGUAAACUGGCCCGGAUAUCACGUCUUGCAUCAUCCUAAGGAGGUUGAUCCCUUCAUGGUUAGAAAAUUUAUCCAAGGUGAAUCUUGGAUUAUGAAAACUGGUGUGCCCGUUUGGCUUGAAAUUUGAAGUUAAUGUAAAUGCAUGGUGGUUUUCCUUCACUAACGAAGAAUAAUGGGUUCAUCCUUGUGGAAAAAAAUAAUGUUCAGCUAAUUACAUCUAUUAUCCUUAUUGCUAGAUAAGCUACUAGUGAGUCGUAUGUAUGGUUUGAUAAUUUUCCCCAAAGUUUUCUAACUUUGGCGAAGCUUGAUUUAAGUUCCAUGUAUCUAUAAGCAAUAUGUUAUUAACUUUUUCCAUUU